CCAUCCCAGCCUCAUUUUCCAUCCAUUAAUGCCAAUGCACAGAGACACAGAGAGAGAAAGAAAGAGCAAUAGAAGAGAAAGAGAAAGAGAGUAACUGAGUUUUAUAUAUAUAUAUAUAAAUAUAUAUAUUCAGUAUUCACAAUUUCUACCUCCAAAGAUUAAAAAGAGAGGAAAAAAAAAGCCUACACCACCCUCUUCUUCCCUAUUCCCUUCUACUUCUGGCGCCAUUUGCAGCUUCAAAACUCCAUCUUUAUUUUUCUUCUCUCCUUCCAUUAUUAGAAACACCCUCAUGGAAUCAGCAGCAACAGCAUUGAACAACAUCAUCAACAACAACAACACUGUUCCUGCAGUGUCGCCACCACCACCACCACCACCACCAUCCUCAGUGCCUCAGCCAAUGAACAUGAAUGUCAACAUGAACAUGAACGUGGUCAACACCACAGAAGGAACAACACCAACACCAACCCCAACAACAAUGGUUGUUCCUGCAGUGCCAGCUCCAACAACGACAACAUUAGCAGUAGCAACAACAACACCAGGGAGUUUGGAUUUGUUUGGGAAGAAGAAGAGAGGGAGGCCUAGAAAGUAUGAUGCAGAUGGGAACCUGAGAGUGAGUGCAAGACCAACACCAACACCACCAUCGGGUUUUACUUUGUCCACACCUUCUGAGUACUCUUCUUCCAAAAGAGGGCGCGGCAAACACUACAACACAACUUUUGCCAACAACAGCUACCAACAACAACUCUAUUCUUCUUCUUUGGGUGAUGUGUUUGCAAUCACAGCUGCUGGUGAUUUUGUAGCGCAUGUGUUGAAUGCUUAUACUGGAGAGGAUGUUGCUGGAAAGAUCUUGUCAUUUGCCCAGAAGGGUCCAAGAGGAAUUUGCAUUCUCUCUGCCAAUGGAGCUAUCUCGAAUGUCACCAUACGCCAACCUGGUUCUUCUGGUGGCAUUUUGACUUAUGAGGGUCGGUUUGAGAUUUUAUCUUUGUCUGGAUCAUUCACAGUUGUUGACAACAGUGGCAUGAAAAGCCGAACUGGUGGAUUGAGUGUCUCACUUGCUGGCCCUGAUGGUCGGGUCAUAGGUGGUGGUGUUGCUGGACUUUUAACUGCUGCUGGCCCCAUUCAGAUUGUUGUAGGAAGCUUCAUGCAAAAUUGUUGCAAGACCCAAAAGAGGAAGUAUCAACGUGAACAACAGAUAGUGGCGGCCACCCCUACUUCAGCUGGUCCAGAAAUAGUGACAGCAGCAAUACCUAUCUCACAAGCAAAUGCUGCUGAUGGUGAGAACUUUCUGAUACCUAUACCUAUCUAUCAGAUUCCAGACCAAAACCAGAGAGAAUCUAUCAGUGUUUCAAGUGACAAACAGAACCUAGAUGCUACUCCUGAUGCUGCUGCUACUUGGAAUGGUUCUGAGGAAUAUUCAGACCAGAGGACUUCUCCAGACAUCAACAUAUCUUUGCCAGAUGAAUAGAACAAGGUGAUGCAGAGGCUGACAUGGUAGUAAUGAAUGAAACUAACACCGGAAAUCUGUCAUGACAACUACUGGGUUAUAUGACAUGAUGUACAGUUGUCAGAAAUUAGAAAGGAUUAUUAUUAUUAUUAAGGCCUCAUUAUUUUUUCUUAUUAUAGUUUCUGUUGAACAUUUAUAAGUUUUUCUUUCUUUUCUUUAGAGGUGGAAGAGAUUACCAAAAGACUUCGUAGUAGGCUGUUUAUUAUUCUGUCGGGAUUGUUCGGUAAAAUUAUUUGUAGUUUUCAACAUUUUGCACAUUUGGGAAACUUCUAAGAGUUUUUCUCAUUAUCAUGGAUCCAAGAACUAUACAUAAAAGUUGCUUCUGAUA